AUGCCAUACACUCUGUACCCAAAAGUUAGGUCAUCCAUUUUGAACAUGCCACCUAUUUUGUACCUAGACGUGAUGCCAUCUAUUUUGUACCUAGACGUGAUGCCAUCCAAUGUGUACCUCGACGUGAUGCCAUCUAUUUUGUACCUAGACGUGAUGCCAUCUAUUAUGUACCUAGACGUGAUGCCAUCCAUUUGGUACCUAGACGUGAUGCCAUCCAUUUUGUACCUAGACGUGAUGCCAUACAUUUUGUACAUAGACGUGAUGUCAUCCAUUUUGUACCUAGACGUGAUGCAAUCUAUUUUGUACCUAGACGUGAUGCCAUCCAAUGUGUACCUCGACGUGAUGCCAUCUAUUUUGUACCUAGACGUGAUGCCAUCUAUUUUGUACCUAGACGUGAUGCCAUCUAAUGUGUACCUCGACGUGAUGCCAUCCAUUUUGUACCUAAACGCGUUGCCGUCAAUUUUGUACCUAGACGUGAUGCCAUCCAUUUUGUACCUAAACGUGAUGCCAUCCAUUUUGUACCUAGACUUGAUGCCAUCUAUUUUGUACCUAGAAGUGAUGCCUUCCAAUGUGUACCUCGACGUGAUGCAAUCAAUUUGGUACCUAGACGUGAUGCCAUCCAUUUUGUACUUAGACGUGAUGCCAUCCAUUUGA